AUGCAUGAAGAUGUUGAUAAUGAUGAAGAAGAAGUAAUCCUUGAUCGAAGAACAUUAAUUCAUCAACCAAAUAAUUCUAAUUCAUUAAGCAAUUCUGGUCCAAUACUACUAGGUGUUAAUCGCUUUAAUAUUAAAGUAUAUGAUGAUCCUAUAAAAUUAUCACGAGCAAAAACAAUUCUUCUAGCAGUAACUUGCAUAGCAAUUGGUAUGUUGACUGGUUUAUUGGGCCCAACAUUUCUAUUUCUUUCACAACGUAUGCCAGCUAAUCUAUCAGCAGUUAUAUGGCUUAUUGGUAUAAAAGCAAUUGGAUUUCUUAUAGGAAGUUUUUUAAGUGUUUAUCUCUAUGCUUGGUUUAAUGUAUGUUGUUUACUUGGUUUAUCAUGUUUAGCAAUCAGUUUUGGUGUUUGUUCUCUUCCACUGAUAACUGAUUUAGCUACAUUUUAUUUAACUUCACUUAUUCUUGGUAUUGGUCUUGGUAUAUCUUAUAAUGGUAUUGAUGUACUUUAUAAUCGUCUAUGGACUCGAUCAUCAUUAGCUUCUAUUCGAUGGUUACAUUUAUUAGUUGCUUUUGGUGCUAUUCUUUCAACGUCAAUGCUUUUUCCAUCGAAUAUUUCAAAUAAAAAUGAAAUUUCAUUCACAACAGUUAUGACACAACCUUUUCGACCACGUCGCCAAGCUGUAGAUGAAAUAGCUAAUCGUCUUGCUUCACUAGCACCGAUAACUGCUGACGAUAUGUUAUUUAAUACGACAAACACAUUAAACCUAUCGAAUUUGACAUAUACAACAAGUGAAUCAUCUUCGAUAACAACGGGUACAACAAUAAAACAUAUAUUAAAACCAGUUGUAGUUGAAACUGACAAUUUAAAACAAUCAAAUGUUGCUAAACCAGUACCCGAAACUGGUCAAUCAACUGUAAAACCACCAUGUAAUAAAUUUUUUUGUUGUUAUAAUUAUAAUAAUACAAAUCAAAAUGAAACAAUAACAAAUAAUCCAUUUUCUUGUUAUGAAACCGAUGAAAAUCCAUCAAAUGAUUGUAAAAAUGUUCUAUCAUUUUGUAAAAAUUCAACAUUACAAAUAUGUUUACUUGAUAAAACAAAUAUUUCGUGUCGAAUCGAUCAAAUUUGUGUCAAUGAUCAAAAAUUAAAUUGUUCAAUACAAUUAAUUAAUGCUGCUAUUAAUGCAAGCAGUUUUACAACAACAACUACAGUUAUAUCAACAACUACAACGAUAAUGACUACCAUUUUAUCAACUAUUACAACCAAUGUAACUACAGCAAAUACCACUGUUACCCCUUCGACGAGUACAACUACCGCCACAACUAUCCCAACAACAACAACUAUCCCAACAACAACAACAACUACUACUACUACUACUACCGCAACAACAAUAAUCACAACGACAAUAGUUUCAACAACAAGUACAAGUACACAAGUUUCAACAUCAACAACAACUCAUCGUAAUAAACCUUCAAUGGCUGAAUCAGAUACAGAUGAUCUCUCGAAAAAUCUUUUUGUUGCAAAAAUUCAUUCAUUUUUUAGUUCAAUUACAUUAAUUCAUUUGAUUUAUUUACUUAUUGCAUUUUUAUUUUUUCUACUGGGUAUAUCUUAUUCAACAUUAGCUAUGCGUGGUGAAGGUAUAAAUGCAUCUUCAACAAAACCAAUGAAUUUAAAUCCAUUAUCAUUAUUAUUUGGUAAUUCUCAUCGAACAAUAAAUAAUUCAAUAUCAUUAUUAUCAGAUCGUUCUUCACUUAAAUUUGUUUUACUUCUUACAAUAUUUUAUUUUAUAAUGACUGGUAUUGAAAGUUCAUGUAUUUAUUUAACAUAUUUAUUUGGUAGUGAAUUAAAAUUUCAAUCCUAUCAAUGUUUAUUAAUGCAAUUUUUAUUUAUAUUUGGUAUUUUAUUAGGACGUUUAAUUGAUAUAUUAAUGGAUUAUGGUUGUUUUUUAUUUAAUACACGUAUAACAAAUCGAACAAAAAAACAAUCAGAUAAAUUUCAUUUAAUAUCAAUUAAAUUUUGUAUACUUAUACGUUUAAUAUUAUUAUUUUUAAUAUGUUCAACAUUAAGUUUUUCACAUUUAUUUCAAGAUAAUUCAACAACAAAAUCAUCUAUACCAUCAAUACGUAUGUUUUAUUUCAUAUUUUUUUUCAUGGGUUUAUUAAUAGCAUCAUUACCGACAUUAAUUUUAUUUUGGAUUGAACGUGAUUUAAGUUUAAAUGAUUCACUUAUACGUUUUAUAUUAAUAACAAUAACAAUAAGUGAAAUUAUAUUUCCAUCAUUUUUAUUUUAUACUGUAAAACAUGUUGUUUUAUCAUAUGUAUUUUAUUUAUUUAUUGGUUCAUGUUUAUUACUUAUUUUAUUUAUAUCUAUUUUAUAUACAAGUAAAAAAUGGCAACGAAAACAAUUAUAUAGAAUAUUACCAACAUCAAUGGAAAUGGAUGAAAUUAAUGUUGACAAUCAUUCGGAUGAUAAUAAUCAUGAUGAUAAUGAUGAUAAUUAUUAUUUAAAUAAUGGACGGAUGAAUUUAAAUGAAUCGAAAAUAAAUAUUGAUAGUGAAAGAAUAAAAGGACUCAAAGGACAUUAA